AUUGCAAUCUCGAAAAACAAACUUCCGGGCUAUCCGAAUACGGGUACAUAAACAAAAGAAGAGCAAAAGUAAAUAUCCGUGUUGUACAGGACAGGGUUUUUAAACAGAGCAGCUUUUGUUUCUGAUGAAUUAACUAUAAAAUUGUAAUUUAUGUCAGAUUUAUUUGACGAGAAAAUAGAGAAAUGAGAUUAUUGUUCUUAGCUUGUCUCAGUCCCAAAACUGGAAACUGUACUACUGCAGAAAGGAUGAGAGAUCAUAUAGAGAGUGCAGGUCAUGUCUGUGUGCUUCGGGACACCAGAGACUUCAGCUCGUCUUCUGACGUAAAGCUGCUGAUGAGUCAAGAUAAAGAACCGUUUAAUGCAGCGCUGGCGAUUCAUCUGUUUAAAGGAGCAAGAUUCCUCUUAGAUGCCGGACUCCCUUUCGGAGUGGUCUUCGGAGGGACGGACAUCAACGAGGACGUGAAGGACCAUCACAAGCGAAGCGUCAUGGAGGAAGUUCUGCACAGAGCCAGGUUUGCUGUAGCAUUCACAGAGGAGAUGAAGCAGAAAGCUGAGAUUUACUUGGCUUGUGACAUCACUAAGAUCUACGUACAAGCUCAAGGAAUCGAGACGAGAGCGAGUCCCACCUUCAGCUGGGCGGAUUUCUUACACACUACAGGAGUUUGUGUUGAUCGAGUAGACGACCUACACGUCUUCCUGUUAGUGUGUGGACUCCGGAAAGUGAAGGACCCUCUUUACCUGCUGAACACCUUCUCAGAAUGGCAUGCCCAGAACCCUCUGGUGAUCCUCAUCAUCAUUGGCCCAAAGAUCGAUCCUGUACUUAGCUCAGAAGUUGAGGAACGUGUGAAGAGGUCUGCCGGAGUGUUUCUAGCAGCAGAGAGGAAUCAGGAGGAACUUCACGCCGUCAUGAGGAAAUCAUUCGCCGUGGUCAACUCCUCCGUUUCGGAAGGGAUGUCCGCCGCCAUCUUAGAGGCCAUGGACCUGUGUGUGCCGGUGUUAGCGAGGGAUAUUCCCGGGAAUGCUGCAGUAGUCCAACACGGUCACAGCGGCCUGCUUUACUCGUCCCCGGAGGAGUUUGUGCUUCUGUCCAAGAGACUGCUGGGUGACGAGGAACUGCAGGAGAACCUGAGGACCAACGGAAAGCGCUACGUGACGGAGAGACACGACUGUGUGAAAGAGAGGAGGACGUACCAACAGCUGGUGGAAAAACUGCAGUGACGCUCAGACUUCAAUGUUUCAUAAUCAGUGUGAGGAGAACGUCGCUAAGAUCUGUUUAUAAACCACCAUGGCUUUUAUACAGGUGUGAGAUCAUCUGAGGUUUACAUUUACAGGAGGGACGUUUAAUCUAUAAGUAAUGAUCUACUAGUAAUGAUCUACUAGUAAUGAUCUAUUAGUAAUGAUCUAUUAGUAAUGAUCUACUAGUAAUGAUCUACUAGUAAUGAUCUACUAUUAAUGAUCUAUUAGUAAUGAUCUACUAGUAAUGAUCUAUUAGUAAUGAUCUACUAGUAAUGAUCUACUAUUAAUGAUCUAUUAGUAAUGAUCUACUAGUAAUGAUCUAUUAGUAAUGAUCUACUAGUAAUGAUCUAUUAGUAAUGAUCUACUAGUAAUGAUCUACUAUUAAUGAUCUAUUAGUAAUGAUCUACUAGUAAUGAUCCAUUAGUAAUGAUCUAUUAGUAAUGAUCUAUUAGUAAUGAUCUACUAGUAAUGAUCUGUUAAUAAUGAUCUAUUAGUAAUGAUCUACUAGUAAUGAUCUACUAGUAAUGAUCUAUUAGUAAUGAUCGCUGCUGCGUUUAUUUUUUUAGGAAGACGUGUGGUACUGAAAUUAAAAUCGAACGGGUUUUUAUAAAUGUUUGGGUUCCAGAGACGAGGGAAAGAUUUAU